CACCUCGUCCCCCACACAAGCCGGAAUCUUCCUCCCCACACGACCAACGAGCAAAACGUUUGGUGACAAUGGCGUUAGCGGCAGGUACGCCGAGCAAGCGUCCCGUCUUCUCCCUCGUCUCUCUCGCCACGCUCCUCCUCCUCGUCUCAGCUGUCCAGUGCUAUGACGGCCGCCACGCCGUCAUGCGCUCUGCCAUGGCCCGGCGGUCCCGUCCGGGCAUCCGGCACGUGCACCACCGCCGGACCGGGGUGCCGCACCGGUAUAUCCUCGCUGAGAAUACAACCUCGAGCAGCGGUGGUGGCAAACAGAAGAACAACAGCUCGCCGCCGACGAGGAACAACAACACCGCGCCGCCGACGGCACCGGCGGCAGAGCAGGGCAAGCACCACCGCAGCCACAAGCACCGCGUGCGCAACUGGAUCAUCGGGUUCGUGGUCGGCUCCCUCGCUGGCGUCAUCUCGGGGCUGGGCGUGUCCGUGCUGUUCCGGCUGGCGCUCAACUGCAUCCGCGGGCGGUACCGGAGCAAGUCCGGCAUGGUGAUCUUCACCCCGAAGCUGAUCAAGCGGGCGGACCACCUGGCGUUCCUGGAGAAGGAGGACAUGCUGUCUUCGCUAGCCGUGAUCGGGCGCGGCGGGUGCGGCGAGGUGUUCAAGGCGCAGCUCCCCGUGGAGACCGAGGGCGAGGAGCCCAAGUUCAUCGCCAUCAAGAAGAUCAAGAAGCAGGUGGGCGACGGGCACGGGCAGAACAACCUGAGCGACGAGGAGAGCCGGCAGCUGGACAAGUGGUCGCGGCAGAUACAGUCGGAGAUCCGCACGGUGGGGCACAUCCGGCACCGCAACCUGCUGCCGCUGGCGGCGCACGUGCCGCGGCCGGACUGCCACUACCUGGUGUACGAGUACAUGAAGAACGGCAGCCUGCACAACGCCCUCAAGGCGACGCCGUCGGAGGAGGACGGCGGCGGGGUGCGGCUGGCGUGGCCGGCGCGGCUCCGCGUGGCGGUGGGCAUCGCGUCGGGGCUGGAGUACCUGCACGUGCUGCAGCAGCCGCAGAUCAUCCACCGCGACCUGAAGCCGGCCAACAUCCUGCUGGACGACGACAUGGAGGCCCGCAUCGCGGACUUCGGGCUGGCCAAGGCGAUGCCGGACGCGCACACCCACGUGUCGACGUCGCACGUAGCCGGCACCAUGGGUUACAUCGCGCCGGAGUACCACCAGUCGCUCAAGUUCACGGCCAAGUGCGACAUCUACAGCUUCGGGGUGAUCCUGGCGGUGCUGGCGACGGGGAAGGAGCCGACGGACCAGUUCUUCGUGACGGAGGUGGAGGAGGUCGGGCUGGUCAAGUGGCUGCGCCGGGUGGUGCAGAACGGCGACUACGCGGAGGCCAUCGACCCCGCCAUCGCCGGCGCCGGGCACGAGGAGCAGAUCCUGCUGGUGCUGCGCAUCGCCGUGUUCUGCACCGCCGACGAACCCAAGGAGCGGCCCGAGGCCAAGGACGUGCGCUGCAUGCUCGCCCAGAUCAAGAACUAGUAGUCUAGUCACCGUAUAGGCGCGAGCCAAAGCUCCGUGUAAGUAUUGGUCGUCGUCGUCGUCUUCAAUUGGGCAUGUGCCAUGCGUGACUGUGUGUAGAAUAAUGCUGCAAGUGCUGGGUCAGCGGGUCAAGUAUGGGGCCGGUCGAUCGAUAAAGACCGGAAAGGAGGCCCGACCAUUUUACACAAAUGAUAUUUAGAAUGAGAUUGCGUAUAUUUUUUUCUUGACUUUGACUUUGUCUUUUUUUGUAAGAUCGAACGAGGUAUCUAAACAAUUAUUAUUAAUCACUAA